AUGUCGGAUAAGAACCAGAUUAAGGUCAAGUUUACCACCAACGAAGAAGAUGAAAGUCUAAAAGUGGAAGAGACGCCAUUAUUUGUGCCUAUAUCAUUGAAAAGAUUUGGCUUAUCCGAAAUCAUAAAUCAUUUGCUUGGAAAUUACAAGACAGAUUCAGACGAGGAGGAGCGUAAGCCCAUACCUUUCAACUUUCUCAUAAAUGGAGAGCUUUUGCGUACUUCAAUUGAGGACUACCUCGUGCGUAAUGGUUUGUCGAGUGAAGCAUUUUUAACUAUAGAAUACACUAGGGCCAUAUUACCACCAAGCUUUCAAGCAUCAUUCAACAACGAGGACUGGAUUUCGUCCAUAGACUCAAUUAACAAAACUUCGAGUGCUGUUUUAGAUUCCCAGUUGUCAAUAAAUGAGCCAAAAAUUUUGAGUGGUUCUUAUGAUGGUGUGGUACGAACUUAUAAUAUGUCGGGUAAGGUAGAAAAACAAUACGUUGGACAUUCAGCGCCAGUAAAGUCUGUACAGUGGAUUUCUCCCACUAGAAUUGUAUCAUGUGGUAACGAUAGGCAAGUCAGGUUAUGGAAAACUGCAUAUGAGGGAAUUGUUGACCAAAACGAAGAAGGCGAAGAAGAUGAAAUAGAAGACGGAAAGACCUUGGCAAUUUUAGAAGGGCACAAGGCACCUGUGGUCAAUUUGGCAGUGAACCAAAAAGCAAAGAGGAUAUUGAGUGCCGGUUAUGAUAAUGCUAUUGGUUUUUGGUCAACAAACUAUAAAGAAAUGACAAAGAUUGACGUCCCCGAAUAUGACUCGAAUGUUGUAUCCACAUCAUCAAAAAAGAGAAGGAAAAUGGCAUUACAAGAUUCAACCAUUAGACGUCGCUCACCUUUGAGUUUCUUGCAAGGCCACACUGAGCCAGUGGAGGGAGUAAUUUUCGAUGCACAUGAUGCCACUGUGGGGUACUCAGUGUCGCAAGAUCACACUAUCAAAACGUGGGAUUUAGUUACUUCUAGAUGUGUUGAUACGAGAACUACCGGAUUUUCAUUAUUAUCAGUUUUGAAAUUACCACAUGUCAACUUAAUCGCUUCUGGUUCAUCAGCACGUCAUAUCAAUUUGCAUGAUCCAAGAGUUUCAGCUACAUCUGAAGUCAUUAAUGCCAAGCUAGUCGGACACACAAACUUUGUUGUUGGGUUGAGCGCUUCACCUCAUAAUGUCAACAUGUUUGCUUCUAGCUCCCACGAUGGGACUGUCAAAGUUUGGGAUGUUAGAGCUGACAAGUCGCUUUACACAAUUACCAGAGAAGAUGGAUCAACGAAAAAGAAAAUUUUUGAUGUAACCUGGGACAAUGAAAUCGGCAUAAUAAGCGGUGGUGAAGAUAAAAAAAUUCAAAUAAACAAAGGAACAGAUAUAGGUAAAUAA